AAAUUAUAGCUCCCACUUCCCACUUGCAUUCAGUUGAGCCUUCACUCGUUUAUAGCAAUUUGAAGCUUCGCAGCAACCAUUCGCAACCUUCUCAUUGCACCAUUUGUAGAGCUCACAAUUCGAACAGCUGAAAAACAUAAACAAGAUCAGCAGCUCACAAUAUUUUACUCUCGCCUAUUAUAACCAACAACCCAACCAUGCCUUACGGAGCCGCAGCAUCCCGUCGUCGUCGCUCUAGCUUGUCGAGCUCCACCCAUUCCAGGCGCUCGAGCAUGAAUAGCAGCACAAAGUCCAGCAGUAUUCGUCUGAGCCGCCAUGAGCAAUUGUUUGAUGACUCUUUGAGACAGCCGUCUAUGCGCAUGUCCAUGCUCAUGACAGCCGCCAUGAACGAUAUGAGCAGUUCCAGCAACCAUGGUGGAGAGAACAACGAUCACAGCUACAGUUCCAUCAUUUCUGCAUCAGAGACCACCAUCAAGCCAACGCCAGCUGUAGCGGGCCAUUUUGUAGGGCCCAAUGGAGAGCUUGUGGCUGAUCCUCCCAGGAGAGGACGACGGGUUCCAAGGAUCUUGGGAAUGAGACCCAAGUACGACGGAGACGGUCUCUUCCGCAUCAAAUGAGCAAUGCAAGCUACCUGUACUUAUCAGAUCUUUGCUUAGUACCUACACUACCGUACUACCGGUAUAUUGUUCCAAUCUUACUCUGUGACCUGUGUGGUCAAUCAUUCCUUACUCAAGACUUACUUCUUAUCAGAAGGAACCAAGAUGCGUCAAGCUGGUUUGCAAUGAAUGCAAGCAACUGUCAGAUGCACCAACAGCAUAAUGGCUGACCAAGGGAGGGCCAAGUCCACUCCUUGCCUUCAUCACCAAGUCAAGUCAGCUCGCAGAGCAGAGGAUCAGCACAAGGCUGGCCUUCUUUCCCACUAAAAAAUGUAUUGUAAAAAGCUAGCUACCUACCUACCUAAGCCACACACACAACUUUAGAAAUACCUUACAGUUCAUUGUCUUAACACC